AUGUCAUCUUACGGAAAAAAAAAUAGAAAGCGAAUACUAACAAGGCGGCCGCGACAUGUUGUUGGAAAAGAAGAGAAAUAUCGUCAGGAAAGAGAUAAAUCGGACAAAGAAGAUGAAUUAUCAGAUAAAGAAGAGAAAGAAGAUUGGCCUCUCUCUUUUCCCGUUGCUAUGUGGGAUCUCGAACAUUGCGAUCCUAAAAAGUGUUCUGGCAAAAAAUUGGUUAGACAUGGUUUGAUAAAAAUAUUAAGGUUAGGUACUCGAUUCUCAGGAUUAGUUCUUACUCCGAUUGGUCAAAAGUGUGUGAGCCCCGCAGAUCGUGAUAUCAUACAAGAUCAUGGUUGCGCAGUUGUUGAUUGCAGCUGGGCACGUUUGGAUGAUACUCCAUUUAAUAGAAUGAGAACUCCCAAUCCUCGUCUUUUACCAUUUCUAGUUGCUGCAAAUCCAAUAAAUUAUGGCAAAUCGUGUCAAUUAAGUUGUGUAGAAGCUAUAGCUGCUGCAUUAAUUAUAACAGGUUUUGUUGAAAAAGCAAAAUUUUAUCUCGGAAAGUUUUCCUGGGGUCACUCAUUCUUAGAAUUGAAUGGCGAGCUAUUAAAACAAUAUUCACUUUGUACAAAUGCAGAAGAAAUUAUAUCUACUCAAGAAAAAUUUCUCGUAGACGCGAGAAGAGAAAAAUUAAAUAGAUCUGUUGUUGCGGAUUUUCCACCAACCGAUUCGGAAACAGAAGAAGAAGAAGAAGAAAAAGAAGAAGAAAAAGAAUCAGUAUCCAUAAAUAUUAUUUCCAAAAUAGAUGAGCAAGUAAAGGAUUUAAACAUAAUAUAA